AUGGGGACCUCCCGAGGUCCAGGGUUCGUCGUCGGGCUGUGUUACUUGCUUCUCACGCAAGCGGUGUCGAGACUGUUACCGUUCGUCGUGAACGUGCUCGUCGCGCGGCGGCUCACUCCAGAGGAAUUCGGGGUCCCCACGGUGUGUUGGGCGACAUAUCUCCUCCACUCUAACCGUUCCCGAGAACCCAACGUGCACACUCUGAUCUUCUUCAUUCCUCGACCUUGCCAUCAGGUACACUUCCAGCUGUUUUCCACGAUCAUACUCACAUGUCGCGAGGUGGGAACAGUACCUGUUUUACGAGCAUCUCCGAGCGGCCCUCGCGGUGCGAAGGGCAGCACGCGACUCAAUCAAACUUUUUUCUCUCAGGGUUUCCGUCGAGCGUUGAUGCGGGACGCGGACACGCGGGAUGAGUCAGGGCGAAGCCAAGGUGUGUGUGUCCUCAUCGCUUCAGACGAUGACUCACUAAGUUGUCUCGAAAAUACCUCGCAGAAGCUGCUGCUUGGCUCGUAG